UUAACCUUGCUUCUAGAUCCUCUUGGAUUCCUGUAUACCCUGUUAAAUUCCUGUAUACCCUGUUAAAUUGGUAUCACCCCAAAACCGGCAAGUUGAAUUAACUUCGUUUUUAUCACAAAAAGUCAACUGGACAAGGUUGUACGCCAUCCAAGUGAGUGUUAGAGGGAGAUACAAUAUUAAAUCCGCACCAAACUGGAGGAUAAGGCGGCGGAGGAAACACAACAUGAUCCCCUAUGAAUUCAUCCAAGAUUGCUUCUGUUGCUAAACAAUUAUCUACGCUAGUCGACGAUUCGAUUCUCGUCAGUUCAAUCUCUGUAUUGCAUUAGCCAGAUUCCAGGUGCUUACCAUGUGUUACAAGGAUAAAUCCCCGGCAAUGGAUCCAUGUUCGACCAGUUUUACGCUGAUUCGAAUUCUAACUGACGCUGAUACCUCUACACAUGACCGAGAUCCAGGUAAUCGAAUUCCUCAUAAUGUAUCACUAGAGUCAUUAGGAUCAUCAGGAUUUUGGGAUUUGGUAUUCAACGGUGAGACUGUAAGAAAGACACCUAGAAAUAUUGCCAGAACCCCAACUCAGAAAAUCCCUGCCCAGCCUCUAGUGAUGAAUUUGCGCAAACGUGCACGAAAAAGUGUGAUUGUUGGUCUUCCUGCACCAAGCCGAUUUCCAGGUUCCUACCAAAGUGAUGUAAGUCAGACUUGUGAAGACCUCCAAAACCUGCAGCCAAGCAUAAGAGUAUCUCGAAUGGCGAGCGAACGACCACGACCUCAUUUAUCCCAAAUGCAAUGUGGUAAAGAAAGAUUACCACCUAAUGAGGCUUCAAGACCAAGAUGCCAACCCUCUCAGCAGCCCGCCCAAGGAAAAAGAUUUCAGCCUAGAAAAGGAUUAUCUUCCUUAAUGAUUGGUGGUGGACAUAGAUCUUUAAUUGGAGAGCAAAGAGAAGGAAACAUGGAGGUAGAAAAUCUAGAUUUUUCUAGAGUUGAUAAGUCAUCAAAAGCGACAUCAGAUCAAAACUGUCAACCAUCGGGAAGAAUGCGAGGCAGCUUAUCAGGCCGGGCAUAUGCUAGUGCUCUUAGCCAGUACAUAAUUCAACCAACCCAAGUGACAUCUCCAUCCGCCAUCAGAGAUCCACUAGUAAAUCCAUUCUCAACUCCUAGUGGCAGUACUGGUGCGGCUGAAAUACUCUACAGGCAUGCACCUACUUUGGCAAACCAACCAACACAAAUAGAUGCAGAAGUAUGUGUUGAACCGGAGGUGGGUAGCUGUGAAUCUGAGCAAGAAAAUACUGAUGGUGUUCGAGGUCUUAGAGUACAAAACCUUCCCACGCGAGUCCAAGCAGAGAUGGAAACAGAAGAUGAAGCAGCAAAGCCAGGAUUAUGCAGGAUAAUCAGGGAUGAUGACGAGGCUAAGCGGAAAAAGAAGAAAAAGAAAGUAGCUAGGGAAGAGUUAGGAUUGAGCUGUCAGUCAGGCUUAACCACUGAACAUCUCAGUAAAACUAAUGACAAUGUUGAGCAAGUCAUUCUUAUAACCAAUCGUGAUGGUUCAUUCAUGUCUAUGGAGAACAUUAAUCAUGUUCCAAAUGAGGUGGAAAGCAUUCUUGGUAAAAGGACCUUCUCUUCCCUCUUCAAAACAGAGAAGCCGGAAAAGCACCACUCAGUUAAAGUUGUACAGGAACGUUUUGUAUGUAGGGCAUGUAAUCAGGAGGGACACAUGAGGACCAACAAAAGCUGUCCUAUGUAUGGAAACGGUUUAGACACACAAAUAAACCCUACAAACAAUCAACCAAUGCAAGUAGAUGCAGAAGAAUGCCAGGAAGCUGAGGCGGUAAAUCCCUCCACAACAAAAAAUGCCCGUGAAAAUUUUGUAUGUGGGGCAUGUGGUCAGGAGGGACACAUGAAGACCAACAAGAACUGUCCUAGGUAUGGACAUGAAGCGGACAUACAAGUAGUUGAAAGCUCUGGCACGGAAAGUUUAUCUGAGAAGCGUGACCAUCGUAAUUCCGUAAACUGUAUAAAAGAUAUGCAAGAGAUUGUUAAAGGAUACAUGCGUAAAGCUCGUGAAGACGAAAAGCCUGAUAUCCUUAGGGUUGAACAAGCAGCUAAAGCUGCACAUGAAAAAUUGGUAGUGGCAUCGUGGAAACGUAAGCAGGCACAAACCCUAAUGGAAUAUGCUGAUUUGGUAGCAGAGCGUGCAACCAUGGCCUUGAAGAUUGCCCAAGCUGCUCGAUUAUCCGAGUCUUCAGAUGUAGCAGCUUCAUCUUAUCUGGAUAAUUGAUUCAAACUGUUUGAGGGAAAAAUCAGUGUACAAUGAUGGUCAUAGGUUUUUUGUUGGGGUUCCCUUUUUAUCAAUCUUUAGGCUGAAAUUUUUGAAUUUGUACAGCUUUCAAGAGAAGAACUGUACCUUUUCAUUUGUGUAUAUGAGGAAGUAUAUGCUUGUUGAGCACAUACUAACUUGAAUUCAGCACCAAAAAAAUAAAUAAAACCCAAAUAUGAUUCGCA